AUGAGCGUUGAAAUUGGUACUAAAGUUGAAGGUGAAUGUCGCACUCGUCGUUCUCACCUAAGUCCUGAUAAAUUGAUUGAUUCGCCCGAGGAAGGCGUUAAAACUCUUUAUGAUGUGGUGCAACGCAGUGUUAAAAAAUAUGGUGAUAAUAAAAAUGCUUUAGGUUAUAGAAAAAUUGAAAGGAUUGUUGAAGAAGAAAAAGAAAUCACAAAGAUUGUUGGAGGGGUCGAAAAAAAAGAAUUGAAAACUUGGAAAUAUUUUCAAUUAUCAGGUUAUAAUUGGUUAACUUAUAAUGAUUUGGAUCAAGAAAUUAAAACCAUUGGGGCUGGUCUGGUAAAAUUAGGUUUAAGUGAAGGGUCUAAAAUUGCAAUCUUUGCUGCUACAAGUGCCAAUUGGAUGCUUGUGACUCAUGGUUGUUUCUCACAGAGUAUGACUAUUGUGACUGCAUAUGAUACCCUCGGAGAAGAAGGUCUUCUCCAUUCAAUGAAUGAGGCAGAAGUUAAUGGAAUAUUUACUAACGCAGAUUUACUUCCAAUGGUUAAAAAGGUUGCUGGAAAAUGUUCAACUCUUAAAUUUAUAAUUUAUGAUGGUGAUGCAAAAGUAUCAGUCUUGCAAGAAUUGUCAAAUGCUCACUCAAACCUUGGAAUUUUUACAUUGGAAGAACUUAAACAAUUAGGCAAAGAUUAUCCAAUAAAUACAAACCCACCAAAAUCACAAGAUGUAUGUUGUAUUAUGUAUACUUCUGGAACCACCGGUAAUCCAAAAGGCGUCAUAUUGACUCAUGCUAAUCUUGUUGCAGCAAUUGGUGGCGUUGAAAAAAUGCUCGGACAUUUAAUUCAAGAGGAUGACACAUUCCUUGCAUACCUUCCACUUGCUCAUGUUCUUGAGUUUGGUGUGGAACAUGUAUGUCUUUGGUGGGGUGUUACCUUAGGUUAUGGAUCACCUCGUACUUUAACAGAUUCAUCUGUAAGAAAUUGUCUUGGCGACAUGUGUGAAUUGAAACCUAGUGUAAUGACUGGUGUGCCAGCAGUAUGGGAAUCAAUUAGGAAAGGUAUUCUUUCAAAAGUCCAUGGGAGUAGUCCAACUGUACAAAAGAUUUUUGACGUAGCUUUCAAGACUAAAAGUUGGUUAAUGGGAAAAGGUUUACCCGCCAAACCUUUUGAUACUUUGGUAUUUAAUAAGAUAAAAGAACAAACUGGUGGAAGAUUGAGACUUGCAUUGUCUGGUAGUGCACCCAUCUCUAAGGAAACACAGGAAUUUUUAUGCGUAACUUUAUGUCAAAUAUUUCAAGGUUACGGUAUGACUGAAGCUUGUGGUAUGGCUGGUACAAUUCUUACGCCAGAACUGUUUACUUAUGGCAGCGUGGGAACACCAGUACCUUGUACAGAAGUAAAAUUAGUUGAUGUACCAGAUGCUGGUUAUAAAUCUACAGAUACUCCCAAUCCACGAGGAGAAAUUUGGCUUCGUGGGCCUGCAGUCACACCAGGCUAUUAUAAAAAUGAAAAAGUGACCAAAGAAACGUUUACAGAAGAUGGAUGGCUACAAACAGGAGAUAUUGGAGAAUGGAAGCCAGAUGGAAGCUUGGCUGUCAUUGACAGAAAGAAAAAUUUAGUGAAAUUGGCCCAUGGUGAAUAUAUUGCACUUGAAAGAUUGGAAUCAGUUUACAAAUCAACCUUAUUCGUGUCCAAUAUUUGUGUUUGUGCUGAUUCAUAUCAGUCACGUCCUGUAGCUUUAAUUUUUCCUAUUGAAGCACGAGUCAGAAAACUUGCAAUGGAAAAAAACAUAACUGAAACAGAUUUUGAAAAACUUUGUCAAGAUAAGGAAAUAACAAAUUCGGUGCUUCAAGCUUGUCUCAUUGAGGCAAAGAAGGCAGAUUUUAAACCCGCAGAAUUGUUAUCUUCAAUUACAUUGUUGCAUGAAGAAUGGACCACCGAAAAUGGACUUUUGACAGCAGCACAAAAAAUCAAACGUAGAGAUAUUCAACAAAAAUACCAAGGUGAUAUUGAUAGAAUGUAUGGUAAAAAAUAA